AUGGCAGAAGAGGGAAUAUAUGUCAACACUGAUGACUUUAAUGUGAGUCCCACUUGUCAAGCAGAUUCAGGAACAGAGGGAAGAAUCUACGCCAAUGAGAGUCCUGGCGGACCUGAGAGGGCUACAGCCUCCAAGCCCUCUGGAGCGGUGAAGAACUACACUAGAUGGGCCGCGGUGUGUCUGGGACUGCUGUGUGUUCUGCUGCUAGCACUCAACAUAGGAUUGGGAAUCAAAUACCUUCUGGAGAAACGCCAGCUACAGGCUGAGAGGGAGCACCUGCUAGCAAGCCAUGUGAAUAUCACCAUAGAAAGAGACCAAGUAUCGGCCAGUAAUACCAACCUGACCAGACAGGUGGACCAGCUACUAUUGGCCAGUAAUACCAACCUAACCAGACAGAUGGAUCAGCUACUCCGCACCAAUGGCCAGCUUCAAGCCAGAAUCUCUAAACUGGAAAAGAGAUGUCCCUCAGGAUGGAGAUAUUUUAACACCAAAUGUUACCUCAUCUCUUCUUCAAAGAAUACGUGGUCUGAAAGCAGACAACGAUGCAAAGACAUUGGAGGAGACCUGGCGAUCAUCAACGACAAAGAGGAGCAAGUUUUCAUUCAUGGAUUGGGAAUCCCGGUUUGGAUUGGUCUGAGGAAGAUCCAGGGUGGGUGGAAAUGGGUGGAUAACACACUUUUGUCCACAAAAUACUGGGAUUCAGGACAACCCAAUGAUGAAAACGAGGACUGUGUUGUCAGUGAUUGCCCUGCAGGUGACCCAUUUUCAAUAUGGCAUGAUUAUCUAUGCAGCGUGAAACACAGUUUCAUUUGUGAGAUGUCUUCUUACAUGUUAUACUGAAACAAUCUGUUACAUAUUUUGCUGCAUAAUAAAAAUGAAAAAAAGAUGGUAAGCAAUUUUUGGAGCAAACUUUCAUUCAUGGACUGAAAAUAUUUGUUUGGAUUGGGCUGAGGAACAGCCAGGGUGUGUUCGAAUCGGUGGAUUGCACACAAUUGUCCACAAGCUACUGAGAUCAACCUGAUCGUGUGACGAGGACCGUGUUGUCCUUGAUGCUGAUAAAGGUGAUACACUCUUCAGCUGGUACCCAUGUAGCGAAAAAUGGGCCUAUUGUUUCAUUUGAGGGAUUCCUGCAUACAUGUAAUACCCACAAAGUCACUUGAGAAAAAAAUCAACAUGGAGACUGUACAAACUUAUUGAUUUUCCAUGACACUAUGUGUUUGUUAGCCUGUCGAUGAGACAUCUAAUUCAUACCUGUAUGAGAAAAUAAUAUGAUACAAUAGUGUAUCUUUAAAUAAUCAAAAAUGAAACAGAAUCAGUCCAAAAAAGAUCAAAGAAGAGGAAAUGAAAGGAACUACUGCGAAUAUCAAUCAAAUGUGAAGCCCAUCAACAAGAUUGCUGAUAUUUAUUCAUUGAUUCAUAUGUAGAACAAGUCUGUGAAAUAUAUUCUAUGCAUUCAUAAGGUGUUUAAUCAUUAUGGAAACUGCCAUAACAAAAAUAAUGUUCUCAAUGUCCCUAUAGCUUCUCAAUUAUCUUUGUUGUUUAACUUUUUGUGGUUUAUAAGUUAGAGAUUUAUGGCAGAUAGCCACAUGACAGGGUAAAAAUAAGAUUUGAUAUUUUGCAUUAUAAUAAAGUUGAAAGGUUGAUAAUAAAGUUGGAAUGUUUUAAAUUAUUGUAGAUGUACCGCAAAGCGGUACAAAA